AUGGAGAUGAGAAUAGGGGCGUUGGGCGUGCAGGUGGAAGAGACAAGGAGGGUGUUAGAGGAGGCUGAUAAGAAAAAUGCAGAGAACUUGAGAGAGCUGCGCGGACAGGUGGAAGAGACAAGGAGGGCGUUAGAGGAGGCUGAUAAGAAAAAUGCAGAGAACUUGAGAGAGCUGCGCGGACAGGUGGAAGAGACAAGGCGGGCGUUAGAGGUGGCUGAUAGGAGAAAGGCAGAGAACUUGAGAGAGCUGCGCGGACAGGUGGAAGAGACAAGGAGGGCGUUAGAGGAGGCUGGUAGGAGAAAGGCAGAGAACUUGAGAGAGCUGCACGGACAGGUGGAAGAGACAAGAAGGGCGUUAGAGGAGGCUGAUAAGAAACGAGUGGUGGACAAGAGGGAGAUGAGACUGCAGGUGGAGGACAGGGAGCGAGAGCUGAUUGCGAAGUUGGCAGCUGUGAAGGGAGCGCUGACUAGUGAGAGGGAAGAAGGGGUGAAGGCAGGGGGUGUGAAGUAUGUGGGUGGGCAUGCAUGGGAGCAGUGA